AUGACAUGGUAUGGUAUGGUACCUUGGUAUUGGUAUGAGUGGGAUAUGUUUCAUUGGUCGAUCCCCAUCACACAAUCACAUCUUUACAAGCCACUUCCCAUCUCUGCCGGCCCCGACAGUUUCGAAGUUCUUACAGAUGAGCAAGUGCAGCUCAAAAAAGAUGUCAUAAAGCGGAUGCAGACUACGUUAUACAACUGGUACGAUUAUCAAAGCAAGAAAGUCAAAAAGUUACAGAUUUCAAAGAAGGCGAAUGACGAUCCCGUCAGCCUCUUGCUCAAAAGGUUGCUCGGCACCAAUGAUGGCCCUGGGAAGCGUGCAGCAGGGUGGCAACUGUGGGGGAAGGAUAAUUUUGACGCCCUGAAGUCCAAAUUCAAUGCGGAAUUCAAGGCUAGUGGCAAGUUUAGGCGAAGGGAACAAGGGGAGUGGAACUUGAAGGCUAGCGAAGUGCACGAAGCCGCCAAGAAGAGGGCGAAAGAUCGCAAAGUGGAGUUUGAGACGGGCGUGAUGAGCCCUGAAGAUGCUCAGCACUGUAUCAAUUCUCUGCCAAGUGUCCUUGGACCGCUUGUUGAUGGACUUGGCAAGGCCAUCAACAUGCAUGUGUCAGUCCUGUGUCCAUCAUGGCUUGAACCAUUAGCCGACAAGGAGAAGUUCAAGAAUGGGCCCGAGAAAGUGUUUCUUGAAUUUUUGGAAACUUGUUAUUGUCUCGGUGAAGUUACAACCCUCGCAUCGUCAUUUCACCUUCUCGAGUCAUUGGCCCUCAUUCAAAUCAACUGGCAGUCGGCUCCUUGUGUCCAGGAUAUUUCCAUCAUACCGGAUAUCCUCCACCGCCUCCACGCUCCCCUCCGCUCGCUCAUCCUUCAUUCAACCUCUAUCCGUCCUAUAAUGGCCUGGCUCAUAUCACAUGACCCCCCACAUCCUCUCACCUCUCUCGACAUCGACUCAAUUCGCAUGGAAGAUAGAUUAAUGAUCGGCUCUUACUUCAAAGUUCUCGGAUGCCGCUUACAAGACCUCAAAGUGGGCUUUGACAGGAACGUCUACUGCGACGCCAUCCACAACGAAGCGCCCGACGAAUGCCCCGGCCUAUCAGGCCUCCUCUCUCUCCGCGUGCGCAGCUUUGAAAUCACCAAUUUUCUUGACGGAAGUGCUGGCUCGAGUUCAGCUACUGCGGCCCUACAAAUGCUCAGGACUGUCAAUCCCUCCUUGUUAGAGACCGUUGUUUUCGUAAUUAAAUCUCUGUCUAGGUCUGGAGAACUAGACGGACAUGCUAUUCAUUGGAAAGGAUUGGAUAUAGCGUUGAAUGGGAGCGCGUAUGAGGGAUUGCGAUGUUCGCUUGAUUACUUCCAUCCUACUCUUGUACUCAAGACUCAUGCAAUCUAA